AUGGCAGAAGCCUUGACCGUGGUAGGCGCCGUUGCAUCCUUCAUCCAGCUGGUAGACUUCACCACCAAAGUAUGUGAGCGAGUCAACCACUACAUUCACCGCGUCGAUGAAGCUCCAGAGAAUCUACGUGAUAUCGCAAUCUACCUGCCUCUUUUUAUCGACUCAUUGCGUCGGACCCAGUUUCAUAUCGACUUCGGGCACUUCAAUCCGCAAACAUCGUCCGCAUUGAAGAUAUUGGUCGAUGAGUGCUUUUCGCAAAUGAAUGAGCUUGAUGGUCUUAUGACAAAGUUGGCACCUGAGCAGGGUGAUUCCAAGUUGACGAAGGCUCGCAAGACAAUCCUCAGCUUGAAAGAUGAAAAGACAUUGGAAAGAAUCUUCUCUAAAGUCAAGGGUUAUAUCGAGAUGCUGCUGCUUUAUCAAAACUCCGUGACGUCAACUCACACUAUGGCAAAUACUAAGUUAGUAUUGAAGCAGAUCGAGAAUGCAUCCUUCUUAGAAACGGCUACGAGGAUGGACUCGUCGACGACGGAGGCACUUGUGGUAGACUCUAAGAGCAUAAAUUGUCUCGGCCAAACAGCGACUCAUGUCGCUGUAUUGCGGCCAGAUUUGCUUUUUACACUAUUGCAGUUCGAUGUUGCAGACAUUGAUGGAGCCGACUUCUGCGGCAACAGCCCACUUGAUUACGCAGCAGCCUAUGGGUACACUGAUUCUGUGAUUGAACUUCUCAAAGCCGGGGCGGACCCAUUAGAAGACGGACAUCUAAAAUUCUUGCACUGGGCUUUCUUCUGGGAUCGCUGGGACGUCGCAAAAGAAGCUUUUGCUUUCUUUCGUGCAACAACACGCUUCUCUGCUGCAUUCCUCAGAAGUGAACUACAUCAUUUCAUGGGAAAAGUGCAGGGUCGAGGUUGGAGAAGGUCGCCUGAGCUUCUUGAAACGAUGCUCACCCUGGGAGUAGACAAGCAUAUCAUCUUUCAGAACGGCAACACUUUGCUACAUUCUGCUACAGAUUCAAAAUGGAUCAAUUGUUUGUUCAAUGCAGGGUUUCAAGAAAUCGACCACCGCAAUAAUGAAGGCGAAACUGCUCUCAUGAAGUUCAUUCUAUAUCAACGUGAUCUCAGGCUUGUCAGGCAUAUUUUGACCCGAGGCUGCAGUGUUAAUCAUCGGAACAACAGAGGUCAAACAUCUUUGCACGGAGCAUUUGCGCAAAGCAGAUUUUCUUUACCGCAAAGAAAACAAACAUUCACCCUCUCUUUUUUUGACAAAAUUACUGCAACUCACAAAUUCCGGUUCUUCGAUUCAAUAUCGGAAGGUCUUGCCACCAUAGCGAGACUUCUUCAUCAUGGUGCAGAUGCUUCGAUUCGUGACAAUUGCCGUUGCCCUUGUGCCCCUGACGGAUGUUCCCCAGUUCGUAAAUUGCUUGCCGGUGGAAAAUCAAAGUCAUACAUAUGGAUCAUGGAAUGUUUGCUUAUGUUGAUUGAUGUCCAAGGACGGACAAUCGCACAAAAGGCACUGUUUGAGAUAAACAGAGUCCGUGAAUUUCAACUAGCUGAUAUGACCCAUGUCUGUUGCAAUACCGCUGAUAUGACCAAUGUCUGUAGCAAUGCUCUCUACUACGGUACACCCAUGGAUGAUGCAGAAGCCGAUGAAAUCCUCGACGAAGAAAAAGAGUUUGUGGCACUUUUGGAAAAUAAAAGGGGAGAAGCGGCCACCAGCUCAGACAAAAAUUCGAUCGAAAAAAGCUGGCUCAGUUUGAUCUCUGACUUUUGGAUUCCAAACAAGCCUUUGAAGCGCGAGAAAUACAUGGUGAGAUUCAAUCCCCAGUCAAUGGCUGGUUCUGGACCCGGUCGAGCAUUGACAUCCAACAACCCAUUAUGGAAUGGCAAGGAAACUCUGGAUUUCAUUCUCGCUGAGGAAGAGGAAGACAAUUACUGGAUCUUGCUAGAAGGUAUAGAUGGACAUCUGAUGCCACAAAGUUCAAUCUACCUUGCAUGGGUCGAGUGGGUUUACAAAAAUCCAGAAAAAUACGAUUAUCCAUUCCCAGUUGACAGGAACUGGUAUGAAAGAAGGAAGUACUGGGCUACUCGACAGGCUGAGGUUCUUGACGGGCUAUCUUGA